GCGAGCGCACCCUGAGUGACGUCAUCUGCGUUGGGUGCUGCGGGGAGUGCGCGGCUGUGUGGACACACGUCCGGUGCAGAAGGGCCGACAUCGCAGCGGGCGAUCUAAAAAAUAAAAAAAAGUAUGGAGGCAGGACAUUUCGGCUACCCCCAAGACCACCUGGACCGCUUCCUGCAGGGCCGGGACUCGUCCGUGGUGAACCGGUUCCAGCAGAGCUACUGGAAGACCAAGCAGACGCUCAUCAAGGUCACCGGCAAGAAGGAGGACGAACACGUGGUGGCGUCGGACGCCGAUCUGGACGGCAAGCUGGAGGUGUUCCACUCCAUCCAGAGGACAUGCAUGGAGCUCCUGAAGGUCAUCGAGCAGUACCAGAGGAGGAUCUGCUUUCUUUCCCAGGAGGAGAACGAACUGGGUCGUUUCCUGCGCUCCCAGGGCUCCCAGGACAAAACCAGGGCUGGAAAGAUCAUGCAGGCCACGGGCAAAGCACUCUGCUUCUCCUCCCAACAGAGGCUGGCUCUGAGGAACCCGCUGUGCCGCCUGUACCAGGAGGUGGAGACGUUUCGCUACCGGGCCAUCUCGGACACGUGGCUGACGGUGAACCGGAUGGAGCAGUCCAGGACCGAAUACCGCGGGGCGCUGCUCUGGAUGAAGGACGUGUCGCAGGAGCUGGACCCGGACACCCACAAGCAGAUGGAGAAAUUUCGCAAGGUUCAGGCUCAGGUGCGCACGACCAAAACGGGCUUCGACAAACUGAAGAAUGACGUUUGCCAGAAGGUGGACCUGCUGGGGGCCAGUCGCUGCAACCUGCUCUCUCACGUUUUAACCACCUAUCAGACGACGCUUUUGCACUUCUGGGAGAAGACGUCGCGCACCAUGGCGGCCAUCCACGAAAGCUUCAAGGGCUGCCACCAGUACGAGUUCUCCGCUCUCACGACGUUAAAAGGCCCCGCGGACAAGCUGCCCAAGAAGAAAGGGAAGAAGAAGAAAACGAGAGCAGCAGAGGUGGAGGAGGGACAGAAGGAGCCCCCAGAGGAGCAACUCAUCUCACUCGGGAAUGAAAACACCGGCGGUACAACCAGUGAAGGGGCCGAGGAGGGCGAGGAGAAAGACAGCGUGGCCUUACUGAACGAGAUCCUGGGCAGCACGUCAGUGGAGGACGGCAACUUCUCGCGGGAGUGGGCCGAGGUGUUCGGAGACGCGGAGGACGGGGCGAGCGCGGCGCCGGGUCGACCGGCGGAGGCCCGGCGAGCGGAGAGCGACUUCUUUCUCCCGUCACAGCUGUGGGACCAGAGCUUGAGUGACCGGCGGUCCACCCUCUCAGAUUUGGCCGGCGCACCUUUACCACCCGUUGCCCAGGCGACGGACCCCUCACCCGGAGCCAAUCAGAACCUCUGUAAGCCAGCAGCGAAAGAGAAAGCCGCCGCGUCCAAAGACCUCUCGGCGUGGUUCAACCUGUUCGCCGAUCUGGACCCACUCUCCAAUCCCGACGCCGUGGGCAGAACGGACCGAGAGCACGAACUUCACAACGCGUAGUUCUUCUGGCUGGUCGUCAUGGCGAUGUGAAAUGGGUACCUGGGAUGGAGGGUGCGCCACACGCGGCCCGUAGAAACCAAACUCUUGUUUGUGGUUGUGGACAGAAAUUAAAACAAAUCACAAUUUAGGUUACAAAACAAUUAGGUAUAUAUAUAUCUGGUAAAUUAAGUUAGCUUAAAAAAAUAAAAGCUGGUAGAUUCUAAUAGGAAAAUGACAUAUCAAUACAGUAUCUCAUUAUGAGACAACUAUAUUGUUACAAAAACACUUUUGAACAUUUAGAGUUUAGCACUAAUACCUCAGAGUCUGGAAGAAGAAGCCUUUGACAUUAGCUGCCUUUAAAAUCCCGACUCAAGUAGCAUUUAUAUUUAAUUUCUGAUUCUCAUGACGGUAAAUUGCACAAAAAAGGCAAAGAUCACAGUGCAUUGGUUUGUAUCUACGAAACCCUCCAUGUUGAGGAAGGUAUUUCUGCCAUAGAGCCGAUAAGACUUUCCAGCGCUGAUCAGAAUUAACGCAACUACGUCACACCACAUUGAAGGUCUCCUUUCUACACUUUAUGCUUUUCGACGGGUUUGCCACAUGCUGCAUUUAAUAGAUUCUAGAAUAAUUCACACAUCAUUAAGUCAUUACUGCCUGUUGCAUGCUUACGGUUCCCAGGUGAAGGUGUGAUAGAAUGAAUGAUGCAUUUAAAUGUGAGGUCGUUAUCAGUGGAUUAUGUUUUGUAUGUAUUUAGACCAGUUACUGGAUUUCAGGGAAAAAUAUGCAGUUUUCAGAUUCUUUUCUGGAGCAAGUAGGAUCAUUUUCAAAAUAAAACAAUGUUAUUCAAAUUUUUACAAUUAUGCAUGAAUUGAAUAAAACCCAAGUAAACGCCUUAAUGCAAUUACAAAUCAAAAAUAUAGAACCUCAUAACUAUUGAAUUAUAAAGUUAAUUUAUCCGGUUGAAAUCUAGCCUUAUGCCAUGUGACGUUUGUUAAUGUUUAAAGUCAUAACCAAAUACAUUGACUGCCUUACCAUGACUCCUAUUUAUACAUAAAUGCUAUGCUUCUGAAUACUG